GGCGGGCGGCGGCCGGGGCGGCCCAGGGGCUGCCGCGGGGACUCGGGGCGCCGCCGAGCGGCCAGGCGCUGGGGCGGCCCGAGCACACCGCGGGGCCCGGACACGGCGGGUUCGAGGCCGGGCCCCCGCGCGGGGAGCCACGGGGUGGAGACUUUGCCGCGCGGCGCGGAGCAGGCGGGAGCCGGCGGGGGCCUCGGGAGCCCCAGGGCGGCCGGGCCCGGAUCCCGGGGGAAGCCUCGUGAGCCCCGGCCGGAGCCUCGGCGUGUACAUCCCCUCCGGGGCCCGGGCUGCAGGAGCACAGAGCAGCGGGGCCUCGCGGAGCUCGGAGCGCGCCUGACCCAGGGCGCACCGUGGGACCCGGGCGCGGGGCUGGCGAAGAGCUGCCCCGCGGGGCUAGCAGCCGCGGAGUGGCCUACAGGGGCCCUCCCCCGGAGGGGCCGAGCCGGGGCGGGGAGAUGAACGGCUUCAGCACGGAGGAGGACAGCCGCGAAGGGCCCCCUGCCGCCCCCGCCGCCGCCCCGGGCUACGGCCAGAGCUGCUGCCUCAUCGCGGACGGCGAGCGCUGCGUCCGGCCCGCGGGCAACGCCUCCUUCAGCAAGAGGGUGCAGAAAAGCAUCUCGCAGAAGAAACUCAAGCUGGACAUAGACAAGAGCGUAAGGCACCUGUAUAUCUGCGACUUCCACAAAAAUUUCAUCCAGAGCGUCCGAAAUAAAAGGAAGAGGAAGACAAGUGACGAUGGCGGAGACUCCCCCGAGCACGAUGCCGACAUCCCUGAGGUUGAUCUGUUCCAGCUGCAGGUGAACACUCUCCGACGUUACAAACGGCACUAUAAGCUGCAGACCAGACCAGGCUUCAACAAGGCCCAGCUGGCAGAGACUGUGAGCCGACACUUCAGGAACAUACCAGUGAAUGAGAAAGAGACCCUUGCCUAUUUCAUCUACAUGGUGAAGAGUAACAGGAGCCGACUGGACCAGAAGUCAGAGGGCAGCAAGCAGCUUGAGUGAGCUGCAGCCACCUGCCCGUGUGAGGUGGGGGCCGUGAUGAGAGGACAGCUGGGUACUGCUUGAUGACAGGUGGCCUCUGCAUCAUCUCAGCCAAUAAGGACUGUUCAUAUCUACUGUAAAUAAAGUUUGAAUGAUGGAUACUGUAAA